ACAGUAUGCAGCAGCAGUGCGGUCCCUCGUCCUCGCCGUUGCAGGGCAAUCUGAUCGGUGCUGCCGGACAGCAGCAGCAACAGCCAAACCAAAUGAACAGCAUGCGUGCCAUGGGAAUGGCGAGCCAGCAGCAGCAGCAGCAGCAGCCGGGAGGCAACGCGGUACGACUGAUGAUGCCACCGAACCAGCUAGUGACGAGUGGCGGCAUGCUGCAGCAAAACGCUACCGACGGUAUGCUGGGCCAGAAUGCGGCCAACCAGCAGGGAGGCGGCGGUGUGCAGCAGACGCAAGCGAAUCCCUCCAUCAUUCCAAUGGGAGCGGGUAGCGGCGGCGGCGGCGGCGGCAACCAGAUGCUGUUCAGUCCCGGCGACGGUAGCACGCUGACGAACAGUGGGGCGGUAGUGUGCAGCUCGUCGACCACGGGCGGCGGCGGUAUGCAGACGAUGACGUCCCAGUCGAUGCCGCUGAUGAACGCGACCAACACGAGCACGAUGAGCGGCGGCGGGGGACCAAACACGAGCAGCUUCGCGGCGGGCAGUGGUGCCGGUGGGGGUGGCCCAGGCAGUACCGGCGGGACCAACCCGUCGAUGGUGGCGGUGCCGGUGCAGGGUACGAAGGACUGGCACCAUUCGGUCACGCCCGACCUGCGCAACCACCUGGUGCACAAGCUGGUGCAGGCGAUCUUUCCCUCGCCCGACCCGUCCGCCAUGUUCGACAAGCGGAUGUACAAUCUGGUCGCGUACGCGAAGAAGGUCGAGGGCGACAUGUACGAGAUGGCGAACUCGCGCUCGGAGUACUACCAUCUGCUGGCGGAGAAGAUCUACAAGAUACAGAAGGAGCUGGAGGAGAAGCGUCAGAAGCGCAAGGAGCAGCAGAUGCAGCUGCAGCAGCAGCAGCAGCAGCAACAGCAGCAGCAGCUGAACGCGGCCGGGCAGGUAGUGGGCGGUGCCGGUGCCGGCGGUGCUGGUGCGAAUGCCGCCGGCCAGCUGCUGCGCCCGCUCAACCACAACCACCAGCAGCAGGUGAACCUGCUGGGCGGUAUGAACGCGGCGGCGGGCGCUAACAAUCCGGCCGCCAUGCAGCAGAUGCGGCACGGCGGCGGCGCCGGUGGGCUGAUGAACCAGGCGCAGAACAGCCUCGGCGGCCAGCUGGGACCGAACAGCCGGCUCGGCGUGGUGAACGCGCAGCAGCAGGGCGGUGGACCGGGCGGCCAAACGCAGCAGCUGUUUGUGGCGCAGCCGGGCCCGAGCCCGAACGGCAAUCUGGUGCACGGCGCGGGCGGCACUGUGCUGCCCGGCGGGCUUUCUCCCUUCGCCCAGCAGCAGCAACCGAACAACCAUGCGCAGGGCAUGGUCGGUGUGCCGCAGCAGCAACCGUCCCCGCAGGUGGUAAACCAGCAGUCAUUCCUCAACGGACCGGCGAUGAUGGACAGCUCCUCGCAGCUGCAGCAGUUCAACGACAUCGUGCGGGCCAAGUGCGCCAACCUCAGUGGUGGCGGUGUCGACGGUACGCAGCAGCAGCUCGGACAGCUCUCCAGUGCCCUUACCGGUCAGACCAUGGCGCAAGGGAUGCGCACCGCGUUCGGUGGCGUCAAUGCCAGCGCGGCGCAGCAACAGCAGCAGCAGCAGCAGCAGGGAGCCAAUCCGGGCAACAAUCCUGGUGCGUCCGGCGGCAUGUUUGUCAACACAAUCAACCCCGGUAGCGGUGGUGGUGCUGGUGGCGCCGGCGGCUUCAAGCUGAUGAGCGGCGGCAAAGCUCAGGCCCAGCAGCGCAACAUGGCUCUACUGUCGGGCAUGGGCGGAGGUGGAGGCGGCGGCGGCGGCACCGGCGGUCCUGGCACAAUUGGCAGUGCGGGAGGAGCCGGCACAGGCGGUACCGGGCUGACCGGUACAGCAGAUCUCCUUGCCAGCAGUCCGUACGGUGUCGUCGGUGGGGCGGGUGGAACGAUCGGCCCCAAUGCAACCACCGUGGCCACGUCGAACGGGCCCAUGCUGCCCUCCCCGGCAGGGAACAGCAACACGUCCAGCAACAGUAUUGUACCGCUACUACUCACGCCCGGUGGACCACCGUCGACGGAAUCAUCGUCGGCGGGCGUCGGUGACGGGCUCGGCGGACCGACCGCCACCACCGGUGCGUCCUCGGCCUUGCCCGUUGGCGGCGGACUCCUGCCGCCGGGCAGCUCGCUGGGCGGAACGAUGGUGACCGGGGCGGCCGCCACCGCGACCCUCUCGCUGAACGGGAGCUCCACCACGACGACGCCGGCAACGACACCGGCCACCCCGGGCAGUGGUGCCGCCCUCCCAUCCACGUCCACCGUGCUUCCCGCCUCGACCGGCACGACGAACACCACCGCCAACGGGGCCAGCACGCUCACCACGUCGGUCGGCAUGUCGGUCAGCCGCAUGACCUCGUCCUCGUCCUACAGCUCGCAGAUGGCCGCCCUCGAGGCGGCGAUGGCACGGGACAAGGAAGACUCGCCCGAACAGCCGAGCAGCAGUGGCGCGAAGGACGCUAGCGCUGGUGGCGGCGGCGGUGGCUGCGGCAGUAAGAACAACAAGGGCAAGUUCGAGAUGAAGCGCGAGGAGGACAUCAAGAGCGAGCCGGACAGCAACCACAUGGACACGUCGGGCGGCGGCGAGAGCGGCGGCAAGAACGUGAACAACGAGUGCAUGAGCAUGAUGGCGCACGAAAUCAAGUCGGAGCUGAUGGACGGUUCGGACGGCAGCAGCAGCGGCGGCGGCAGCAGCGGCAAGAACAAGCUGGACGUGACCUCGUUCAAGGUGGAGGUGGAGCAGGGCCGCCCCGGCAGCCCGAAGGCGAAAGUGAUGAAGACGGAGCUGAAGGCGGGCAUCUACCCGGAGCCGACCAUCCAGACGAACGCGAGCGACAACAAAAAGAAGUGCUCGUUCAAGCCGGAGGAACUGCGGGAGGCGCUGCUGCCCACGCUCGAGAAGCUGGUCACGCAGGAACCGGAAUCGAUCCCGUUCCGCAUGCCGGUCGACCCGAACUCGCUCGGCAUACCCGACUACUUCGACAUCGUCCGCCAGCCGAUGGAUCUGAGCACGAUCCGGAAGAAGCUGGAGAGCGGCCAGUACCAGGAUCCGCGCGAGUACGUCGACGACGUGUGGCUCAUGUUCGACAACGCCUGGCUGUACAACCGGAAGACGUCACGCGUCUAUCGCUACUGCACCAAGCUGUCGGAGGUGUUCGAGAUGGAGAUCGACCCGGUGAUGCAGUCGCUGGGCUACUGCUGUGGCCGCAAGUAUACCUUCAACCCGCAAGUGCUGUGCUGCUACGGCAAGCAGCUAUGUACCAUUCCACGAGACGCAAAGUAUUACAGCUACCAAAACCGCUCUUUUGGGGCAUUAUCUACCAGAUACACGUACUGUCAGAAGUGCUUCAACGAGAUACCGGGCGAUACGGUUACGCUUGGUGACGAUCCGAUGCAGUCGCAAACCCAAAUCAAGAAGGACCAGUUCAAGGAGAUGAAAAACGAUCACCUCGAGCUGGAACCGUUCGUCGACUGUCUCGACUGCGGGCGCAAGCAGCACCAGAUCUGCGUGCUCUACCUCGAGUCGAUCUGGCCGGGCGGGUUCGUGUGUGACGCCUGUCUGAAGAAGAAGGGCCAGAAGCGGAAGGACAACAAGUUUAACGCGAAGCGUCUGCCCACCUCCAAGCUCGGCACGUACAUCGAGACGCGGGUGAACAACUUCCUGAAGAAGAAGGAGGCCGGCGCCGGCGAGGUGCACAUACGCGUCGUCUCCAGCUCGGACAAGAUGGUGGAGGUGAAGCCGGGCAUGCGCAGCCGGUUUGUCGAGAACGGCGAGAUGCUGCCCGAGUUCCCGUACCGCGCGAAGGCCCUGUUCGCGUUCGAGGAGGUGGACGGCGUGGACGUGUGCUUCUUCGGCAUGCACGUGCAGGAGUACGGGUCGGAGUGUGCGGCACCGAACACGCGGCGCGUCUACAUCGCCUACCUCGACUCGGUGCACUUCUUCCGGCCGCGCCAGUACCGCACGUCCGUCUACCACGAGAUACUGCUCGGGUACAUGGACUACGCGAAGCAGCUCGGCUACACGAUGGCCCACAUCUGGGCCUGCCCGCCGUCCGAGGGCGACGACUACAUCUUCCACUGCCAUCCGCCCGAGCAGCGGAUACCGAAGCCGAAGCGGCUGCAGGAGUGGUACAAGAAGAUGCUGGACAAGGGCAUGGUCGAGCGGACCAUCCAGGACUACAAGGACAUCCUGAAGCAGGCGAUGGAGGACAAGCUGCAGUCGGCGUCCGAGCUGCCGUACUUCGAGGGCGACUUCUGGCCGAACGUGCUGGAGGAAAGCAUCAAGGAGCUGGACCAGGAGGAGGAGGAAAAGCGCAAGCAGGCCGAGCGCGAGGAGGCGGCGAACGCGAUGAUCAUGUCGAACGAUGACAGCGACACGGUAGCCGACGGUAAGAAGAAAGGCCAGAAGAAGGCGAAAAAGUCCAACAAGUCGAAGGCAGCUCAGCGCAAAAGCAACAAGAAAACCAACGAACAGAUUGGCAACGAUCUCAGCGCAAAGAUAUUUGCCACCAUGGAAAAGCACAAGGAGGUGUUCUUCGUCAUCCGGCUUCAUUCGGCGCAGUCGGCUGCCAGCUUAGCGCCCAUCCAAGAUCCGGAUCCACUAAUCAACUGUGAUCUGAUGGACGGGCGCGAUGCGUUCCUGACGCUCGCGCGGGACAAGCAUUUCGAGUUUUCGUCGCUACGCCGGGCACAGUUCAGUACGCUCUGCAUGCUGUACGAGCUGCACAACCAGGGCCAGGACAAGUUUGUCUACACCUGCAACAACUGCAAGAACCACGUCGAGACGCGAUACCACUGCACCGUCUGUGACGAUUUUGAUCUCUGUAUUACCUGUAAGGAGAAGGUGGGCCACCAGCACAAGAUGGACAAGCUGGGUUUCGAUCUGGACGACGGGUCGUCCCCGUCGGACGUGAAGCAGACGAACCCGCAGGAAGCGCGCAAGCAAUCGAUCCAGCGCUGCAUCCAGUCGCUGGUGCACGCCUGCCAGUGCCGCGACGCCAACUGUCGCCUGCCGUCCUGCCAGAAGAUGAAGCGCGUGGUGCAGCACACGAAGCACUGCAAGCGCAAGACGCACGGCGGUUGUCCGAUCUGCAAGCAGCUGAUAGCGCUCUGCUGCUACCACGCGAAACACUGCCAGGAGGCGAAAUGCUUGGUCCCGUUCUGCCCGAACAUCAAGCACAAGCUGAAGCAGCAGCAGCUACAGCAGAGAUUGCAACAGCAGCAGCUUCUUCGGCGCCGUAUGGCGGUGAUGAACACGACCCGGCUCGGCGCACCGACACCGCAGAUACCGCAGAACAGCAACGGCGGCGGCAGCAGCCUGAGCAGCGCCGUCUGCUCGACCAACGUCAUCGCCGGCUGCUCGGUGGCCCCGUCCGGGCCGGUUAGCAACACGAUGGCGAUCGGUGUGCCGGCGACCGGCGGUGGUGUCGUCACCAGCAUGGCGUGCGGUGGGCUAAACAAUGCCGGCGCGGGUGCCAUGAGCCCGUCGGCCGUGCCAAACACGGUCCAGAUGGGUGGCAUGGGCAGCCCGCACCACGGUGGCAUCGGCAUGAAGCCGGGAGCACAAACACCGCCGGCCAAUGUGCUGCAAGCCGUCAAACAGGUACAGGAGGAAGCCGCUCGCCAGCAAGCGCCCCAUGUGGGCUAUGGCAAGGUCAAUCCCGUAAUGAUACCGCCAGUAAUGGCGCGUGCCAUACCGGCCGGCCAUAUGAACGCGGGCGGCGUCGGUGUGAACGUGUCGGGCGUGGGCGUGAUGCCCAAUGCGCAGCAGCAACCGAAUGCGGUGGGCGUGGCGAUGGGCGGACCGGGCGGUGGUCCGGGCGGCCUCGGCCAGAACGUGAUGCAAAUGGACCAGUGGAACACGCGCUACCCGAACGGUGGCGGUCCGGGUAUGCGACCAACGCUCCCCGGCAUGAUGCAGCAGCCGCAGCAGCAACAGCCACAGAACACGCUCCAGACGGGCAUCAUGGGUGGCGGUGUCGGAGGUGCGCAGAUGAUGGCCGGCAUACGGCAGGGCCCGGUCGCCAUGCAGGGUGGCAUGAUGGGCAAUGCCCAGCAGCAGCAGGCCGGCGGACAACAGAACCAGCCCGGUCAAACGCAGAUGGCCACGCAGCCGAAGCAGGCAAUCGCACAGCUCAUGGCGACCCUCAAGAAUCCGGCCGCCGGUCCGGAGCAGCAGCAGCAGCUCCUGUCGAUACUGAAGGCCAAUCCGCAACUGAUGGCUGCCUUCAUUAAGCAACGACAACAACAGGCGGCUCAUCAGCAGAAUCAAAAUCAAGUGGGAAUGCCGCAGCAACAGCAACAGCAGCAGGUGCAGCAGCAACAGCAGCAGCAAGCGCAGCAACAACAGCAACAGCAGCAGCAGCAAGUCCAGCAGCAGCAGCACAACGUCAUGCAUCCCGGUGGCUCGCAGGUGCAGCAGGUGCAGUCCGGCCAGCCGGUAAUGGUGUACAAUCCGACGACCGGCGGGCAGAUGGCAGCGAACCGCAUGCAAGGCGUACAGGGUAUGCCGGGCGGCGGCAAACCGGGCAACAAUCCAUCCAUGCAAAUGCCGCUGCAGCAACAGCUCUGGUACAAGCAGCAGCAGGCGCAGCAGCAGCAGCAGCAGCAGCAACAGCAGCUGAUGCUGCACCGACAGCUGGCCAUGUCCGGCGGUAACAUUCCACCCGUCCCACCGUACAACCAGCGUCCCCGGCCGCAGCAGCAGAUGGGCGGCGGGUACGGGCAGGGUGGCGGCAUGUUCCCCGACCAGCAGCAGUACAUUCAGCAGACGAUGAAGCCGAACCCGCAGGCACAGGGCGGCGUCGGCGUGAACGUCCUGUCCCAGCAGCUCCAGCAGCAGCAGCAGCAGCAGGGCCAGGGCCCGAACCAGGGCAUCAUGGGGCCGCCGAACCCGCAGCAGCUCGCGAUGCAGCAGCAGCUGAUGCAGUCGGUCCGGUCGCCGCCCCCGAUUCGCAGCCCGCAGCCCCAGCCGUCCCCGCGGGCGGUACCGUCGCCGCGGGCGCAACCGUCCGUGUCGCCGCGUGCGCAACCGUCGCCGCACCACAUUCCGUCCCAUUCGCCCGUGCCGGUGCAGCCGGGCGACGUAGUGCUGCACAACCACAUGCACUCGGGCCACCAGCCGGGCAACGUGGUUGGCAUGGGGGGUGGCCUGGGCAACGUCGGCAUGCCUGGUGCGGGCACCGGUAACGUGGUCGGAGUGGGCGUCGUCGGUGUGGGCGGCCCAGUGAACGCCAUGUCGGUGGGCGGCGGCAUGGGCGGCGUGGUGGGCGUGGUCGGCGGGCUCGGUGGCGGCAACGUGGUGGGCGUGGGAGGCGCGGGCGGUGUGCAGCAGGAUCUGUCGCAGGGCGUCGGCAUAAUCGGCCCGGGCGGUAACGGGAACGCUGGCGAAACCUCCCUGCCAGACCAGCUGACCAAGUUUGUCGAACAGUUGUAGUAGUAUUCUGGAAAAAGUCAACGUAGCGGGUAGAAACGUACUAUUUUGAUAUUAUUAGUUUGUUUUAGAAUAAUUAGUUUUUUUUUUUUGGUACGGAUGUUUACAAAUCGUGUGUAACUUAAGUGAAGUGUGGUUCCGUUCUGAUAGGGGGACAAAGAAAGCAUUACGCAAGCAUUACGAGCAAGAAAGGAUUUGUUUACCAAGUGUGUCGGAAGGUAGGGUGAAAAGUACGUGGCUGCGCAUACAAGCAAGGAAAACGGCAAUUUAAGGAUAUAGUUUAAUUGAACAGAGCGAAGGCUGUAUAAGUGUACAUAGAUAUUGUUCGAUUUUCGUUCAACAGGGCGAAAGUCGGUCCUAUUCGCUGUCAAUAGUUAAAUGUUCAUUAGUUCUAUUCCAACCAAUACCCUGAACACAAUUUUUGUUUGUUUUUUAAGGGCUCGUAUUCUAGGCUUAGGACGAAGAGUUUUUUUUUUCUUUCUAUUUCGUUAUUGUAUGUACAAGCAUAGGGUGGAGAGCGAUUGUGUAGCACUCACACGUAAAUCACGCGAAAAAUCAUACGGUUUAAGUAAUGAAUUGCUCGAUUUGAAGCCAUUUUUCUCAGGUUUCAUUAAUUACCUUCGAAACACUUGCACACGCGCUCGCGCUAUAAAAAAAAGAAAAAAACUCACCUGCAUACGUCAUAACUAUAUUAGUUUAUUAUCAUGUAUAGAUAUAUACAUACAUAUAUACAUAUAUUUUCUCCAUGUUCAUGGUGUAAAUAUGCAAGUCUCCGAAACGUCUUCGUCCUUUAACAUGUGCAUAAUGAUUGUGACAGGUUCAAUAAGCGCGGGCCCCGUAAAGCAUAUGUAGUAGGCCAAACCGAGAAACGACUAGCGCAAAUUUAACUCUGCGUGAUUUACCUUCAAAUAAUACUUUGUUCCAGUGCGUUUUCAGUUAACACGAAAGCUCUAGUGCGUGUUACGUCUGUUUUAUAAAGCUGUACAUAUUUAACUCCCUUUUUGAAAGAUGAAGAUCGGAGAGAGGGACCUAGGGACAUGUAGAUUACGGAUGGGGGCGCGGGAUGCAGGGGCGAGAUAGAAACAUGCGCGGUGAAUAGGAAAAUUGGUAAGAAAAAUCAGAAAACAAACACAACACAACCAAGAGAGCAGAACAAACCAGAAGAACGACACAAAAGGCCUUGCUUAGCGAAGUGGUGAAGUAAAACGUGUAAAAGAAAUGCAAUUUGUAUAGGUAAAACAAAACAUACAAAACAAACAAACAUUAGACUUUUGAAUUUAGUGUAUUCUUCGAAAGGGAGUUAGCGCGCGAGUGCAUUAUUAUAAUGCAUUCGCAGUCGCACAUCCACUCGCUCGCACACACCACACUACCAGCUUAACCACCCAAGCUUUCGUACGGGAGUUUUGAAUUCUUUUUUUUUUGUGUGAUUUUUCGUACAUCUUACACUAAACAGGUUCUACAGUAAGAUGGUCCUCAAUGCACGUAUACGCGCAAUCUUCAAAGUAGAAUGUUUUCCAUUUUUCACUACACUAACUGCGCAAUCACUAAAGUAUUUUUAAAAUCCUGCAAAGAAAAUUUAAGUACUCGUUAACCACAAUCUCCUUUACUGGCAUUGGGUUGCGUAUUUUCCCUUGUUUGUAUUUAUUUGCUUCCUUUUUUAUUAUCCUAACAUCGCUUAUUCGGUCGUAUGGGUUGCAGUAGUCAUUAUGUACGACUUAACAAGCCAAGGGUGUUGUUUCUCGAACUUGAAUGGUUCUUUUUCUUUUCAUACGCAGAGCUGACUCUAUCCAUUCUGUUUUAUGCGCCCUGCUACGGGUGUUGCACCAAGAAAGAAGAUUUGCCCGUUCGUUUUUGUCCCGAACGGACCGCACCUUUUGGGCUCUGGCGAGUGUGCGCGUGUGCUUGUGAAAAUGUGGGUAUGGCUAGUUGGGACAAAGUCACUUAAAAUAAGCUGGACAAAGCAGUGCGAUACAUUAGAUCUGGAGACUCUGGUGCGAGUGCGCGCGCGCGUGUGUGUGUGUGUGUAACGAGACUACCCCGUAAGCUUUAAAACGGAAGAGCAAGCAAGAUUUAAGUUAGGCAGUAAAAAGUGACACAAAUUACAUUUAAAAGCAAAGCAAUGGCGUCCUGUGUAACCGAUUCCCGCCCUUCCCGGCGCCCCGUUGUGUGCUCUGUCGCCUUGUGUGACAGAAGCCGGGGGCUGUGGGGAGGGUGGUGAGUUUGUACUACGAACAAGACUUACUUCUUCGAUAAGUGGAAACGUGCGCUUUUACUACGUUCUGUACAUAUAGAUUUGAUUUUAUCCGGCUAUAAACGUGGUCAGGGCCUGUUGACAAACUCUUUGCUGGCUUUGUAUUAAAAAGUGUAUUCUAGCAAUAAUCCUAUAACUGGCAAAGGUAAAGAGGACGCGAAGGAGGGAGGGAGAAUUUGAGAGAAUAGAGAACAGGGUAGUACUAGCACUUUCUCCCAUCUUUCAUUUUCAAAAACCACCACCCAUAACUCAGGAUGAGUGCACACAAUAUUACCACAUUCACGUUCACAAUAUUUGGGUGAGUACGCCUUUUCCAGCGUGAAUGUGCAUUGUGUUUUCUUUUAUUAAUUUCCUAUUUCAUCUGAUCCUUUUUAUCUGUAAAAAAAAAUAACGAGUGGAAUAGAAAGAGAGAGAGGGAAAGAAUAGAGAAAAAGAGAAAGAUACAAAGAGAGGCAAGAUGUAGGAUGAUCUUUCCCGACAAAGACAAAACGAAAGGUAGGGCAAUUGAAGAGAAAUUGUUAUGUGGCUGUGUCGUCGUUAUUAUACGCAUCAUCAGAGGGCGGUUAACCGCCUGAUGGAAAAUGGUUUAUGCGCGGUUCGCGUCCCGUUUUUCUACUGUCUUGCUGCGCACAUACGCCCAACGUUGGCGGGGGCGAGGGGACAGACCAUUUGUGAUUAGUUUCCCUUACCUUACUCGUUUUAGUUAUCGUAGUUAUAACAAGCAAUCCUUACCGGCGUGCAAGCUAAAGCCGUACUACAAAAAGAAAAGAAAAGAAAGGAAAACAAGAGAGAGAGUAGGACAGCAAACGAACACACAUACAUCACACGAUCUGACUUGAUUUUCACUUCCUCUUUAAUUAUAGCGUAAGCGGUUAGUACGUAAGGAAGCAUACAGACGUGUUUAGUUAUUAUAAUGUGUAUACAUAUAUGUAUUUAUAUAUGUAUAUAUGCAUACAUUAAACGUUCACACACACACACACACUUUUUCACGCUUGUUUAAUAAUUUAUCUAUCCGCGAUCGCUUUCGAUUCUUGUAAUUGUGUGCACAGGUGUAUAUAUAUAUAUAUACGUAACAAAACAAAUGUUCUAAAGAAUAAUAUUUAAGUAUAAUAUACACAUACCCUACACACCUAGCACCCAACCCACCCCUUCCAUCAUUUUCCCCUCCUGUUGCUGUCGAGCGCUUAGAGAGAUUCGAAGAAACACGACCACCAGUGGAAAUUCCAACUGGUACAACAACACACACACCCACGUACGUACGUACAAUAUCAUUGCCCAUUACCUCUCCCCCUCCCCCUCCCCCCCUCCGUACCUCCCUUUCUACUUUCCUUGACCACCCCCUACCUCUCAUUCUUCCAUAUCCCAAAUGCUCAAACGCGAACAAUAUCAUCCCAGUCCGCAGUUCCACGUUAGGCGGUAAAAGCAAAAUGUAAUCUGUAUCCUUUAUACAUAAAGCUAGGAUUACAAUUGGAAAUAAUUUAAAUAACACAAAAUGCCACAUUUAAUAUAAAUAUAUUCUAUACAUAAAUGUAGCAUAUAUAGGAGGGAUAGUUCGUGUCCCACACCACUCGAAGAUCGCUGUUCAAACUAAUUUGAAGAUGUAAGCGAUAGAAUGCGAGAAAGGGAGAGGGGGAGGGUAAGAAAAAAAAAUACGCAGAAGCGUAAGAACGGAAAUUUAACACUAGAACAUAAACAAAAGGAGGCAGCAGGUGUCGAUGAAUACUGUAAAUUGAAUAGAAAACGCAUGCGGGGUUUAUAAGCAAAAUGUACUGAGCAAAAAAGGGUUUAGCAGCAGCAGCAGCAGCAAACAGAAGCAAAAAGCAAAAAAAAAACGGGAUGACAGAUAAAACGAAGCGUGUGUGUUUGUGUGUGUGUGUGUGUGUGUGUGUUUGCAUGUAUCCGCUGUUGCAACGAAAUCAUCAUACACACAACAACAACAAAAAGCUCACCCACUUCGUUUUCUCUCCGAACUGCAAUUGCGCGUGGUUUAAUUUAAUAGUCCUACCAGUAAUUGAAGCAAAAGCAAAACAAAAGCAAAACAUCCUUCAUACUUACAAGCUCUAUAAUAAUUAAAUAGAAAAAAAACGAAAGAAACAAUUAUGUUGAAACGAUGUACUAUUACUGCUAAAUGUAAAGGAGGAGAGAGGAUCGUGAAAACGAUGUACGGGGACGGAGAAGGGAGAAGUAUACAAUAAGCACGGUAGAGCGAGGAAGGGUAAAAAGAGAAAAAUCGGAAACAAAGAAACAAACGAACAUAAAAUGUAUACAAAAUCAAGAAUGUA